AUGGGUCCUCUUCCAAGAGAAAGAGUGACUCAAGCAGAGCCACUUGCCUACACCGGAGUAGACUAUACGGGACCGAUACUGAUCAAGGCGCCGAAUGGACAAGAUGAGAAGCGCUACAGAGUCAUCGCACGACAAGGAGUACCGGAAAAGAUCAUUAGCGACAAUGGUACCAACUUCCUCCUCAGCGAACUGAUACUCAGCAAUAACGUCAAUAAUGAUGAUUCCGACCAUUUAUCAUUCUUUCUCGCCGAACACCGCAUCACCUGGUACUUCAUUCCUCCAGCUUCACCAUGGAUGGGAGGAAUCUGGGAAAGAAUGGUUGGACUAGUGAAAAGAGCAAUGCAGAAGACUAUCGGACGACGGAAAUUAACAGACAAACUUCUUCAAACGCCGUUAUGUGAAAUCGAAAGCAUCGUCAACUCAAGACCAUUGACUCACACAGGCGAAGACGACCCUUCUUUCCAAGUCUUGAGACCCAGUGGACUUCAUCUAUAA